GCGUUUCCUUAAUUCAUGCUGAAAAUACUAUCUCAUGGCAUUGGAUUCGCUACUGAUAUGAACAUAGUGGGCCUCUAAAUAGGUGAAGUCGCUAAGCAUUAGUCUACUGGUUGUGAUUAUUGGUUACAAUGUUUGAUUCUCAAAGAUUAAGACAAAGGCUUAAAUCCGAACUUGAUUCUCUGGUCACCUUUACUUUACUCACCUUGUCCUAAGGGCGCCUCUAGCGGCCGACUAUAUAAAUAGACGAAACGAGCAAAAGCGAAACAGUCGAAGUGGCGAGAUCUUAUUAGAUAGGACGAUAACAGAUUUGUUUCCUCCAUACUGGGAUGUAGCCAAAAAAAUAUCAAAAUAAAGGAGAAAAUAAUGAGAAUUUGCCUGUUAUUCUCAUCAGUAUUAUUUUGUUUAGAAGUAACGUUACGUGUUUCGGGACGACAUAGGCACGGGUUACUUGCCGAAUGCAACAAGUGUGCACCAGGAGAGUUGCUAUGGAAGAAAUGCAACAGACACCGCAACGCGCAGUGUUUACCUUGUCCACCUGGCACUUAUCAGCCUCAUCAUUCCUACAGGCAACAGUGCUACCUGUGCUCAAAAUGCGGAGACGGACUGUACGUCGCUCAUGAUUGCCAACCGACUCGCGACACGAUAUGCGACUCGUGCCACACUUAUAAAGGUCCGCAUAACGUCGAUUAUCAGCGAAAAUGCCAGAUUGGUUUUGUAAACAGCAGGAAGUCCAUUCAACUGGAGAAUUGGAAAAGUUAUCAAUAUGAUGAGGUUAAGAAUCAGCAGAAGUUCCUUUUGAUAUUGUCUUCUGGAGUUGUUUUAACGUUUUUAUGUUGUGUAACGUUUUUCCUUCUAGCAAACAGAUGGUGCAAAAACGACAGAAUGAAGAUCGGGUAUGCCUAUCACAGCAUAAAUACUGAACCAACAGUAUUGUAACAAGACUUAAACGACUUCCUGUUGUGUUCUCCCCUGUGUUUCCUGUUCAACAAGUGAUUUGCUCCACAAAAAAGUUUCUUGAUUAGAAUUAAAUGAUAUAAAAAUAUAUCGCAUCGAGGAGACGAAUCGAAUGUUUUUAAA